AUGUCAGCGAAAAAAGGGCCAUCGGAUGAGCUUCCUGUAAAAAUCGUCUUGAUCGGUGCUUUAGGAGCUGGGAAGACGUCUCUGAUCAAAAAGUACUGUGAGUACAGUGGUGAAUUAAAAGAGACGAUACACAAGUCGAUGACUGCAUUUAACCGACGGUUGAAACUUGUCUUUCCGGACACUUGUGGAGCUGAAGAGAUUGCUACUGUGACGUCUGCUUUAUAUCAAAACGCUUCAUGUUGCAUCUAUGUGUACGACUCCACCAGUGUCGAUUCAUUCAAAGAUAUCCAAAACAAUUGGAUCAACGAGUUCAAAAGGUUUGCGCCUAAUAAAGGACAACUCCCACAAAUUGUCUGUGCAAACAAAUGUGAUUUACCUAAUGCAGUCACCGACGAUAUUAAAAAUAAGUUCCUCACCGAACAUAACUUUAAGGAAUAUAAGACUUCAGUCACUACCGGACAAGGCAUCGAACAAAUGUUUAAUGAAUUACUCCCUCUCGCUAUAGAGGAGGCUAUUAAACAACUCAAGGCUAAAGGAAAAACUCCUCCACCUUUACUUAAGAAGGAAAAGUCGGGAAAAUGUGUCUUCCUGUAA